UAAUUUCAUUGCUCACGCUCACAACUAAUAUAAACAACAUGAAAAGGAGUAGUAGUAAUAGGAAGAUCCAAGUGUUCAUCAAUUUCCGGGGAGAGGAGCUACGCUGCAGCUUCGUGAGCCACCUCGUUGAGGCCUUUAAAAGGCAUGGGAUCAACUUCUUCAUAGACAAAGACGAACAAAAGGGGAAAGACCUUAAACAUCUCUUUGCAAGGAUCAAGCAAUCGAGGAUGGCCCUCGCUAUAUUUUCAAAAAGGUACGCAGAGUCAAGCUGGUGCCUGGACGAGCUUGCAAGGAUCAAGAAAAGAGCCGAUCAACGCAAGCUACGAGUGGUUCCCAUCUUCUUCAAAGUGAAGGCAGAGUCUGUGAGAUACCAAGAGGCUGAGUUUGGUCGCAACUUCUGGAGGUUGGCUAAGACUUCCAGUGGUGAACAGAUCAAGAGAUGGAAGGAAGCUCUAGAGUCUGUUUCUGACAAGGUGGGCUUAACGUUAGGCGACAAAAGGUACCUUACUGAUCAAGUGAUCGUCUCUAAUCUAAUAUUGCGAUUUUUCAGUUGUUGGUUUCCCUUUUGGGCCCAGUGUGAAGUUGAACUAAAGAGUAAACACCAGCCAUAAAAGUUCAGCUUAUUUAAUCUAAAACUGGUUGUUGUUAAGAGAACAAACAAAUGGGUCCAUCGUGUACUGUAUGUAACUAUGUAAGUGGCUAAAGAUGUAAGAGAUGGAAAUGAUAACUUCAGCUUAUUUAUUUUGUAGUCGUUAACAAAAUAAGAUAAAAUACGAUUUCUUCACUGAUUCAAUUUUGGUAGGAUCAGGUUACAAAGAGUAAAACAUUUGUAAUAACAUUUCCUUCUGUGAAACUAAAAUGCUUUAAUUUGCAGCUCCGAGGCGGAUUUCAUAAAGGAAAUCGUUGAAGAGGUUAAAAAGAGUCGUCGUCGUGGCCGUUGAGGAAAUGGGAGAUCAAUCCUCUCACAGUUACAUAAACAGAAUAAAAUCGUAAAUGUAGCCAAGAUGACCAAAUCCAACACAAGAAACAUUUCCUCAAUAGUUUUGUUUAUAUCUCAUUUCCAUUUUUGUUGUUAUUGGUUUACUAUAUAUUUCAUUUCAACAUACCACUAGCUUACACGAUGACUUUAGGGUCCAUUCCAACUUCCAAGCACACCAUCCUAACAAUUUCAUCCGCAUAUUAUAUUUACUAAUUUCAUUCC